GUUCCCUCCCGAAUAAUCCUGACCAGGACCGGGAAUCCGAACUGCAACCCAGCUAUUAAAUAAUAGAAGAAAAUGGAAUUGAAUAUGAUAUCAGCAUGGAACAGUCUAAUGAUUCAUUAAUAGUCAACCAUAAUGAUUCCGAAGAUUCAAAAACAGAUUCUCAGCAUUCAACCUGUAUGGACUCCAGGGAUCAUUCCUUUGGACAGAAUAGUCUUGGUAGAAUUUUACCUAUCACUACUCAUGAAGCAGAUAAUUCACUUACAUCACAGAAUAUACCAGGGCCCCUGACUCAGGCACAGACUCUUUCUGCAAAGCAAUUUCAACUAGUGAACCAAAAUGGGCAACCUAUUCAAUAUGAACUUCAGUCAUUGGGAGAUUCUAAUACACAAAUGAUGAUUGUUGCCAGCUCAUCAGAAAAUGGACAGAUGCUUCAUGUAAUUCCAUCUACCCAGACAGGAAUGGCACAAGUGAUUAUACCUCAGGGACAGCUUAUGGAUAUGAAUAGUCCCCGGGAAGCCUCUGAAGAGAAACCCAGCAACAGAAACUUACCAACUGUAAGAGUGGAUGCUCUAGCAGACCAUAACAGUAGUUAUAUUUUGCAUCCACAAGCAUCCCUAACAUUGCCCCAAAAGACAGUGACCAGAAUGCUUGAAGAACCGCUUCUGGCUCCUCUCCAGCCAUUUUCUUCUAAUACACCUAUAUGGGCCUGCCGUCUUAGGAGCUGUGAGAAAAUUGGAGAUUCAUACCGAGGCUACUGUGUAAGUGAGACUGAAUUAGAAAGUGUUUUAACAUUUCACAAGCAGCAAACACAGAGUGUUUGGGGGACCCGCCAAUCUCCAAGCCCAGCCAAGCCAGCUACACGUUUGAUGUGGAAAUCCCAGUAUGUACCAUAUGAUGGAAUUCCAUUUGUCAAUGCAGGGAGUAGAGCCGUGGUAAUGGAGUGUCAGUAUGGGCCAAGGAGAAAAGGUUUCCAGUUAAAAAAAAUUAGUGAGCAGAAAAGCAGACCUUGUCAACUCUACAAAGCCACAUGUCCAGCCAGAAUUUACAUUAAAAAGGUACAAAAGUUUCCUGAAUAUAGAGUUCCUACAGACCCCAAAAUUGAUAAGAAAAUAAUACGAAUGGAGCAAGAGAAAGCCUUUAACAUGCUAAAGAAGAACUUGGUAGAUGCUGGUGGUGUUCUUAGGUGGUAUGUACAGUUACCUACACAGCAAGCUCAUCAGUAUCACGAAUUAGAGACUGCCCCCCUCCCUUUGUCACCUUCUCCUUUUCCUGUGUCCUCUCUUGAAGAAGAGGAAACUGCAGUUAGAGAUGAGAAUUGCACAUUACCCUCACGUCUACAUCCUCAAGUAGCACAUAAGAUUCAAGAAUUAGUAUCACAAGGAAUAGAACAAGUGUAUGCAGUAAGGAAACAGCUAAGAAAAUUUGUGGAAAGAGAACUGUUCAAACCUGAUGAGGUACCUGAAAGACAUAAUUUAUCCUUUUUUCCAACUGUAAAUGAUAUAAAAAAUCACAUCCAUGAAGUACAGAAAUCCUUGAGAAAUGGAGAUAAUCUAUGUAACUCGGAGAUUAUUCCAGCAACGCUUCAAUGGACUACAGACAGUGGGAAUAUUCUCAGAGAGACUGUGACAGUUACAUUUGCAGAAGGAAAUUUGCCUGAAGAAUCAACUACCACCAAAGUGGAAACAAAUCAGACAAAGGGUUCUUUGUCUCCAGAACCAGCCCCUUUGCUCUCUUCACUUUCUUCAUUUCAGCCAAAAAUAUUCACACAACUACAGGGUUUACAGUUGCAACCAAGAUUCACUUCUCCUGAUGGAUCACCGGCUCUGAUAUCAGAAAAUAACCACCCCUCCUCUAGUCCUUCAAGACUUCUGGAUUCAGUAGGAAGUACUAUAAUGAAUAACAAUUCUCUACAGCUUGGUCAAAGUCAUAGCCAUCAAACAGAUACAUGCCUUACCCAAAACAAUAGUAUUGCGUCUACCAUGGGUAACCUUCCAGGACUAGAUCAAAAUCUGGUUGCAGUGGAUCAGCUGGUAGACGUUGGAAAUGUUGAGGAUACAGAGAAUCUGGAAGGAAGCAUUCAUCGAAUUCUGUUGGGAAAUGUGCAGACCAUUCCAAUACAGAUUAUAGACAGCCACCCAGCUCUUAUUGAAGAAAAUCCAGAAGGUACCAUUUCUGUGAACCAAGUUAAACAAGAACCCAAAGAACCAGGAUUGUCUGUGGAAGCAAAAAUAAAUUUGGACUGUAAGAAAUUAUCUGCUACAUAAAUUGUUGAAGCUUUUCAGAAUUGUACAACUCUGGUGACUUCUGAUGUCAUAGAACAGAAGGUGAAUAUUGUCAAACCUCAGCAAUGUGAUAAGUGGACUGAAGACUGGUUCAAUGAGCAGCUUUGAUUUAAAACUGAUAUAUUUGUUGACAAUUCCAUAGUUUUACCUUAAGAGAUAUUUUACCUCUUGUUUUGUAUAAUUUUUAUGCUUUUUGAGUAUCUGAUAAGGCCAGUAUUUCAGAAGGUCAUCUGAACUUAUCCAUGGUAAUAUAGCCUGAACACAGUUAUCUAACUUAUUCCUUGGAAAUACCCUAUUUUGGCUCUUAGAAAUGAAAAAGAACAA